ACCCACCCCUGGGCGGACAGAACACGAACGGCUCUAACAGCUUCCGUAGCAGAAGCUCUGCUCCGCCCCGAGUUGGGCCGAGCUCUACACGCUACCCGCCCUGCCACCGCUCCGCAGGCGUCACAUCCCGCCGCCGCUGCCACCGCUGCCAGGAUGAUCCCACCGGUGCAGGUCUCUCCGCUCAUCAAGUUCACCCGGUACUCGGCCCUGCUGGUGGGGAUGAUCUACGGCAAGAAGCGAUACGACUACCUAAAGCCUAUUGCUGAAGAAGAAAGAAGAAUAGAGGCUGAAGAGAAAAAGAGACGUGAAGAACUUGAGCGGAUCGCGAAAGAGCUUGCAGAAGCAAGCGAAGAAUCCAUAUUGAAAUGAACAGAAGAUUGAAUCCUAAUUUCACAUAUGGAAAUAUAUGGCUAGGCUCUGAACUGUGCAGUGGUUGGUGGACUCUGUAUGCUAUUCUCUCAAUAAAGUACUUAAAAUGCUUCA